AUGCCUCCAAGAGGAUCAUCAAUCCGUGGCCGGGGACGGCCCAAGGGUACCACGGACCGGAGUCAGUCGACCGAGUCGGCAUCCUCAGAAGCCAGCGACCCCUUCGAGUCUUCAGAUGACCAGGCCGAAGCCCAGGAAGCACGAGGAGACGCCGACGACGCAUCGCCGCCGGAGAAGUCAAUUCCCAAGGACCUGCUGACCCGCAUCUUGCAUGAGUUCUUCGCCAAGGAUUCUACAAGAAUAUCCCGCGAUGCGAAUGCGGCGGUGGGCAAGUACAUGGAUAUUUUCGUGAGAGAAGCUAUUGCAAGAGCAGCUGUGGAGAAGAAUGCAGGCUUCUUGGAGGUGGAGGAUUUGGAGAAGAUUGCACCGCAGCUGCUGCUGGAUCUGUGA